UUGAUCCCCAGAGUCGCCCUGAGCUCGCCCGCCCGCCCGGGAGCCCCAGGCGGGGACCCUCUCCCCAUCGCCCCCCCCGCAUCGCGCGUCUCCAAGCCUCCGGGCACCUGGCUCAGCAGGAGGCCCCCGGGUCGGGGCAGGGCAGGGCCGGCAGUGGCGAGCCGGAGCCCGCCCAGCGCCCGAGCCCCGCCGACCCCUCGGAGCCCACCCAUGGGGCCCCAGCUCCGCGCGCCCCCUCGCCCGGCCGCGCCGCGCCGGGCACCCCGAGCCGCGCGGAGGAGGAGCCCCGCUCAGUGACCCGGGAGCCGCGGCAGCCACAGGGAGGCUCGGCGGCGGCGGCCGGAACGGCAGGCGGUUCCCCACACCUCCAGGCGCUUCCUGGCAGCCCUCCGCGCCGUGCCAAAGGCCUGGCCCGCCAGCCCCGAGCCAUGAUGAAGACCCUGUCCAGCGGGAACUGCGCGCUCAGCGUGCCCGCCAAGAACUCGUACCGCAUGGUGGUGCUGGGUGCCUCCAGGGUGGGCAAGAGCUCCAUCGUGUCGCGCUUCCUCAACGGCCGCUUCGAGGACCAGUACACGCCCACCAUCGAGGACUUCCACCGCAAGGUGUACAACAUCCGCGGCGACAUGUACCAGCUGGACAUCCUGGACACCUCCGGCAACCACCCCUUCCCCGCCAUGCGUAGGCUCUCCAUCCUCACAGGUGACGUCUUCAUCCUGGUCUUCAGCCUGGACAGCCGGGAGUCCUUCGACGAGGUCAAGCGUCUGCAGAAGCAGAUCCUGGAGGUCAAGUCCUGCCUGAAGAACAAGACCAAGGAGGCGGCCGAGCUGCCCAUGGUCAUCUGCGGCAACAAGAACGACCACGGCGAGCUGUGCCGCCAGGUGCCCAGCACCGAGGCCGAGCUGCUGGUGUCGGGCGACGAGAACUGCGCCUACUUCGAGGUGUCGGCCAAGAGGAACACCAACGUGGACGAGAUGUUCUACGUGCUCUUCAGCAUGGCCAAGCUGCCGCACGAGAUGAGCCCCGCCCUGCACCGCAAGAUCUCCGUGCAGUACGGCGACGCCUUCCACCCCCGGGCCUUCUGCAUGCGCCGCGUCAAGGACAUGGACGCCUACGGCAUGGUCUCGCCCUUCGCCCGCCGCCCCAGCGUCAACAGUGACCUCAAGUACAUCAAGGCCAAGGUCCUUCGGGAGGGCCAGGCCCGCGAGAGGGACAAGUGCACCAUCCAGUGAGCAGGGAGGACGUGGGGUGGGGGGCAGUGCCUUAAAGGGAGGUGGCCCCAGACGCCUGCUGCCCGCAGCCCCCCGCCCGGGGGGCGCCACAGCAGUCUGGUCCAGAGACCUGGCCCGGCGCUGACCUCUGCCCGCUCCUCCGCCUCCCCGCCCGCCCGCCUGCCCGCCGCUCCCCUCUGAGCCCCUGCCUGUGGCUUCCCCGCGAGAGUCGUUUCUCUGAGCACCGAGGCCGCCUCUGGGAGAGCUCUGGCGGGAGCCUUCCCCUCGUGAGGCCGGGGGAAAUGCUGAUGCCAGAGAGGCCAGGGUUCCUGCACCACACAGAACCUUCUGGAAGGAGCCAGACCCAGGACGGAAGCGCCCGAGAGCCAGGGGCCAGGCCCGGCCGGGCGUGGUGGCAGCUGAUCUCCUGCCUCCGGCUCUGCUGUCUCUCCCCCCACCCCCUGUCGGCCCGGCUCCCCGCCGGGACCUUCGCCCAGUGGCUGUGCUUUCCCGUGUUGCAGCUGCUCCCGUGGCUUACGUAGUCGUAGAAGCAAGUCGUGGGACCCGUAAGAGCCCAGUGCCCCUCCUUGGCCAGGCCCCGCCCAGCUCAGAGCCGCUGUCUCCCCUGCUCCCCACACAGGCGUCCGGGGCCCCGCCUGCAGCUAGGCCCGUCACUGCCAGCCCGAGCUGCAGAGUUUGGAGACAUUUGCUUGGAGCGGGGCUGGCAGGCCAGGGCUGCUUCUCCUUCAUGCACCCAUUUCACAGAGGAGGCAACUGAGACUCAGAGGGGCGGGUGACAGGUCCCAGGCGACAGCCUCGCCCCCUAGCUAGUUCGAGGCUGAGCUUUGCCCCGAGCCAGGCCGUCCUCUGCUGAGCUUGGUUCUCGAGCAUUUAUUGAGUACCUGCUGGAUGAUAGGAAACAGAGGAGGGUGUACACUCCGUGUCCCCAGUUCUGGCCUCUGCCCACCCACGCCGUGCUACUCGGACAGGUUGGGCCUGUUCCGUGUGCCCCAAGGCUGGGGGCUCUGGUUACCCCCACAUACUAGGUGUGGUGGGCUUCGAACCUGUACACCAAUGGCCCUCACACCAUCAGCUCCUCACAGAUCUGUUGCAUAUCUCCCUUUAGGACCAUGAGAAACCAUGGUGGCCGUCUAGCGAGGUUCUGCAAGGCCCAGAGAGGGUAGGUCACUUGUCCCAGGUCACACAGCAAGUCUGUCAGCGGCAGAAGCAGGGCUAGCUCCAGACGUCCAGUGCCCACCACGAGGGGGCCCCUUCUGGUACCUCCUCAGCCCCUGGGGCCUUCAGGGAUUUGGGACGUCUUAUUGUCCACCCUCUCCCGAGGUCAGCCUGGAGGGCUCCUGUAGAUGGCUGUGGACACGGUGCCCCUGUAUAUACAUGCACACACACGUGAGCACACAGGCACACAUGGCCUGCCCCGGCUCUGCACACCUGCACCUGGCCAGCCCAGCCCCUGCCUGCCACUCAGCUCAGCGCGACCACCCCGGCUUCUGUCCCCAUACCCCCGAACAGACCAGGUAUGUGGGCUGCGACAGGGGUGUGACCUGGUCUCCCCCAGCCACGCCCCUGCUGCUCCAGGUCUCUGUGUACACUCUCAAUUAAAGUGGGUUUGUUACAACACCAUGA